AUGUAUAAUUAAUUUAUUGAUGAAGAAGGACAAGAAAGAUAAGUCUAAUAUUUAGUUGAAUUAGGUAUUAAAUUAUAUAAGAAAGGAUUUCCUGAGAGAAAAGCAAGAAGAGGAGUAGAAUAAUUUGGUUAUACAAUUACAUUAGAAGAUUUAAUUAACAGAAUCUUAGACAUGAGUGAUGAUAAUUCAAAAAAAUCAAAUGGAAACAAAAUCAGUCUUAUACAAUUUUCUGAUUCAAGCAGUGAAAAAAACUCUCCUUUUCACUAACCCAUAUAACAAUCAUAAUCUUAAAAAUAAUAUUAGGGAAAAUAGAACCAAUAGCCAGAAAAAUAGCUCAGUUAGCAAUUUCAACAGUAUUAACAAACUUAAUAGUAAUAACAACAAUAAUAAUAAUAAUAAUAGAAUCAAUUCUAAGCAUAGGUAUAAUAAUAGUCAUAACAAUGUUCUUAUUAAAAUAUUGUUGAUUUAUAAAAGCCUUUUGAACAUGAUGAAUUUGCAUAAUGUUAGGUUUGUUAUACUUAACCAAUAUAAUGGCUUCAUUUUGAAUGUAAACAUCAAUUUUGCUAACCAUGUGUGAUUAAGAAUAUAAAAGCAUCAAGAAUAAGAAAAAUAGAUCAAGUUACUUGUUUACAAGAAGAUUGCCAUGCUAAAUUAAUUAAAGAAGAGAGCCAUCUUGUUAGUAAUGAGUUGCUGCCAUAAAUUGAUGUAUUCUAAAUAAUAAUUUAGAUUGAACCAUAUAAUGAACCAAUUUGCACAAAAUGUAAAUUACCUUAAGUAGCUCAUAAAUUUAAAUUAUUUUCAAAUGCUUGUGAUAAUGCGGAAUUUACAAUUUUAAGUGCCUGUGUAAAACAUGAUGAAGAAGGCAAUCAAUUAUAAAGAUGUCCUUAAUGUGGCAUAUGGGUAUAAAAAUCUAAAGGAUGUAACUCUGUCUUAUGUUCGUACAUUUUUUAUUUUAUAUAAAAGAUUAGCUAUUGUAAAUUUAAUUGGUGUUGGUUAUGCAGAAGAUAAUGUGAUAGCAAUCAUUAUGUGUUUUUUAAUCCAGUUGGAUGUCCAGGUUUAGGUGCUGAAGAAUUUACAAUUGAAUAAUAUCCAUGGCACAAAAUAUGUUGGAUUAGAGUAAAGGUGAUCCUUAUCUAUAUCCUUUUGAUUAUGCUUUGCAUAAUAGUCUAUCCUUUUUUUGUUGCUUAGGUGGUUAUAAGAAGGAUGAAAAUUAAUACAUAAGUAAAUAUGUGUUAUCGCUUAUUAAUCUAUACUGGGAUAGGAAUUUUGUUUUUGUUACUCUCAUGUCUAGCUGUUUUUCCAGGGAUUAUUAUUUUUAUAGUUUCACAAUAAGCAAGACUCUAUGUUUUUGGUAGUUGA